GUCCGCGCCGAGCGGCAGGCGGCGGGCCCGGGCGGGGCGGCGGAGCGGAGCGGAGGAUGCUGCGGCCGUUGGGGCCACCGGGCCGGCGCUAAGGCGUCGUUGUCCCCGCCGCGGCGCAGCGUAAUCAUGUCCACAACUUGGAGAAAGAAUCUAGCAAGUUCAUGUUGAGGUAUAUUCUCCAGACAAGAUACAGUGACUCGUGUUUUUCUGGAUAACAUAAUCCAUGGAUAAAGUGGGAAAGAUGUGGAACAAUUUCAAAUACAGGUGCCAGAAUCUCUUCAGUCACGAGGGUGGAAGCCAAAAUGAAAAUGUAGUCGUGAACGCCAAUAGUUGCUCAUCUGCUAAAGAGAACACUAUCCAGAUAACUGAUUCGUCUCAACAACAACCUAGCAGCCCUUUGAGAGAAAACAUUGCUUUGCAGUUAGGUUUAAGUCCUUCAAAGAAUUCGGCAAGGCGCAACCAAAACUGUGUCACAGAAAUUCCUCAGAUUGUUGAAAUAAGCAUUGAGAAAGAGAACGACUUGUGUGUCACCACAGGAGCUAGACUUGCUCGAAGGGACUCUUAUUCUCGGCAUGCUCCUUGGGGUGGGAAGAAGAAGCAUUCCUGCUCUACCAAAACCCAGAGCUCCUUGGAUACCGAAAAGCGAUUUGGUAGAACACGAAGUGGUUUGCAGAGGAGGGAGAGAAGGUAUGGGGUGAGUUCCGUCCAUGACAUGGAUGCAGUAUCAAACAGGACAGUAGGCAGCCGUUCUCUGCGACAGCGUCUGCAGGAUACUGUGGGGCUAUGUUUUCCCAUGAGAACUUACAACAAACAGUCCAAACCUCUGUUUUCUAACAAAAGAAAGAUCCAUCUCUCUGAGUUAAUGCUUGAGAAAUGCCCUUUUCCCGCAGGCUCAGAUCUGGCUCAGAAGUGGCAUCUGAUUAAACAACACACAGCGCCUGUGAGUCCUCAUUCAACCUUUUUUGACACGUUUGAUCCUUCCUUGGUUUCCACAGAAGAUGAAGAAGACAGACUCAGAGAGAGACGUAGACUUAGUAUCGAAGAAGGGGUUGAUCCCCCUCCCAAUGCCCAAAUACAUACUUUUGAAGCUACAGCACAGGUUAAUCCAUUGUAUAAACUGGGACCAAAGUUAGCCCCUGGUAUGACUGAGCUGACCGGGGACAAAAACAUUACACCUCCAGGGAACUGUGACUCCGAAGAGGACACCACAACGCUUUGCCUGCAGUCACGCAGGCAGAAGCAGCGCCAGAUGUCUGGAGAGAGCCACGGCCAUAUCAGCAGGCAGGGGGCUUGGAAAGUGCACACUCAGAUCGAUUACAUCCAUUGCCUUGUGCCAGACUUGCUUCAGAUCACAGGUAACCCGUGUUACUGGGGCGUGAUGGACCGCUACGAAGCAGAGGCACUUCUGGAGGGUAAACCCGAAGGCACGUUUUUGCUCAGGGACUCUGCGCAAGAGGACUACCUCUUCUCUGUGAGCUUCCGUCGCUACAACCGAUCGCUGCACGCACGCAUUGAGCAGUGGAAUCACAACUUCAGUUUUGAUGCCCACGAUCCCUGUGUGUUUCACUCCUCCACUGUCACGGGGCUCCUGGAACACUACAAAGACCCUAGCUCUUGCAUGUUCUUUGAACCGUUACUGACUGUAUCUCUGAACAGGACUUUCCCCUUUAGUCUGCAGUAUAUCUGCCGGGCAGUAAUCUGCAGGUGCACUACGUACGAUGGAAUCGAUGACCUUCCUCUGCCCUCCAUGUUGCAAGACUUUCUAAAGGAGUAUCACUAUAAACAAAAAGUCAGGGUGCGAUGGCUGGAGCGGGAACCUAUAAAAACGAAGUAAACGGAGAUCAGAAUAAGCUUCUAGGAAACGCUUUUUUUGUGUGUGUGUGUGUUACGGUUUAACUGCAGCGAGCGCACUGACGACGUCUAGCUUUUCUGCAAUAUCCUAUUUAAGCUGAGUGUUAGUAUCCUGUCAGAUGCUGCCUGCUGUUAAUCAAACUAAGUUGUGUUGCCUCUCGGAAACAAUAAGCAGACACAAUUCUGCACGUUUUUCAUUAAGGCCUAAUGAAAAUAUUUUUGCUAAUUUCUAAAUAUUUUGUUUCCCUUUUAUAGCUGUAGUAAUUGGAUGAAGAAACUAUGAGGCAUUUUCCAUGGGGCAUUCAUGUAACGCUAAUAAAGAAAGGCUUUGUUAGAGGAGUGUUUUUUGCUCAUAUUUGAAGUAUUUUUUUUAAAUAGUUUUCUUGAAAACUUUCCACUACUCAAAAUACUAACUUAGCUCACAAACAAGUUUCCAAAUACUAGUGAGUAGGAGCGUUUUCUUUUAAUGAAGAGCAGUUCAUUAGAAGCAGUCCAUUAAGAGUUAAUGGUGCUUUGAUGCUAACAGAUGAAUCGUGCUUUUCUCAGUGUAUAAGGUUUCCUAAUCAUUAAGACUUGAAUAUGCCUGCUCAGUACUGUAAUUCUAUUUUAAACACUUGGAGAUUUAAGUGGCAUUGUUAGCAAAAGUAAUACUGUCUUGGACAGUUAAGUACCUUCCAGUGUGAAUUGCUGAUUCGGCGGCAGGACACGGGAUUAGAUUGUUGCCGUGAAACAAAAGGUUGCGGUUUUUUCCUAAACCAGAAUAUGGUGGCCUGACUGCUGGUAACUUACAAUGGAAAGUAAUAGCAAAGAGAGAGAACUUUUCAUUAUUUAAAGUCGUCUGAUAUUUUUAUGGGGAAAAUUACCAGGGGUUGAAUUAUCGUGAUCGGAGUACAAAAUCUGACAUAUCUGAAGUAAAUGUCGGGUUUCAAAGGUACUGUUACACUUUAUUUGUAAAUAUCUUUCCAUUUGCGCUUUUAAAAAAUGUUUUAAAGUAAUAUGCACUGAUUAUAACUUCAACAGAUUACUUGGAAGUGAGAUUCUAAGUUCUGUUUGCUUAUUUAAUUGGAGAUGGGACUUAAAAUAGUUCCGUCUUAGACAUUUUUGCACUAAAGUUUUGUUGGAAUGCCCUGAUCCAUUUAAUGUUUUGUACCGAUUAUGAGUGCUCCCUAGUUUCUUUACCAGCUGCUACAGUGUUUUAUUACUUACUUCUCUAUGGCAGUGACCUGUGCGAGGUAGGGAACAUUUUGGCUGCAAGUACAAUAAACAUUAUUCUUGUAUGCUACACUAACCCUUCUAUUGAUGUAUUUUUCUGCUUGCUGUGCCUUGUUCUGGCUUUUUGUGCUAAUAAAGUACAGUAUGUUCAGUGUUAUACUUGUAUAUCUGCUCUGUUUUUAUAUAUUCACGUAACUUGUAGCACUUAACUGAAUUUUUAAUAGACUUUUCUUAUUACUUAGUGUAGGUAAUGCACAAAUACCGUGUAGUUGAAUAUCGAUUGGUCAGCACACCAUACUCCUGGUUUUUGUUUCGUGCAUAUCAGAAACCUGACAGUGUACACCACUGAUGAGUAACAUUUCUGUAGUCAUGGCAAAGUAAUGGACUUGUCUUCAGGCAUACAGUUUUUUGUAAUGUCAAGGAUAAAUGUUAAGCAAAAACAAUUCUAAAGCAUUACUGAUCCCCCCUGUAAUGGUUGCUGAAGGUGUUUCAGCUUGUUACGUAGCAAACUGCUAAGUUUAAUGUUUUGAUACUCCCCACUGGGUAAGGCUUAUUCCUGUAAAUUGACAGUAGAGCAGUGGCAUUUGUUCACUUUUAGACUAUUUUAAGAGAUAGAUGUACACACAAACUGGCCAAAUGUCCUGUUUUUACCAAAGAAUACUGUCAAUUUAUAUUGGGGUAUUUUUUUAGUAAAGAAAGAGUGGAGAGAUGCAAUUUCUGUUCUAUCAGAUAUUUAUCCCAAGCUAUGAUAAACCAAAGUAUUUGACAACUUCAUCUGAACUUAAGUAAUGUAUAUGUUUAUGUUGGUAGAGCUUAAAACUUUUACAUCACCGGUGUCGUCAUUUUUCUUGAACUCACAAUGCACCUGAAGGAGAAUGACUUAAAUAAUUUUGUAAUGACUGGAACAGCACUACAUAGAAGCUCAUACUGCAAGAGAUUAAUCUGAAGCACCCAGAAAGCACUUUAAAACAUGUGUUUAUAUGCUUGUGGAAAAUUUGUGAUCCCAUUAUGCAUUCUUUGUAGUAGCUUAUUUCUUUUCUGUGUUAAAAGACUUCAACUGUUAAAAUGGAACUUUGUUUAGAAUAUGUAAAUACUGAGUUUAUGUAAGUAUGUGUACAAAUGUGCUAAUGGUCACUUAAGUUUUCAAUUGUGUGUGUGUCCUUGGAUAUGCAACUCCUAGUUUAAAAUCUACUCUAAGCAUAAAAAGAGGAAAAAAAGUCACCAGCAUGGAAUUGCACCUAAGUGUACCUUCGCUGUGUCCUCACCAGUCCCUCGGCUGGAUCUGAAUUCCAGAUGAGUUUACUUUAAAUCUUGUUUUCAAUAUAUCAUACGGUCUACUUGCAACCAAGCUUUGUCCCACUUCUAGGGACCUGUUUUAUGUUUACACCUGUUGCAGUUGCUUGUCAUAAACUAGCUGAUGAGAUUCUAGCUGUGACAUUAUCAAUGUGGUCAGGAAUACACAUUCAUUUAAUUUUUUAUCAUGUGAUGGAAUCUUUGGGAAAAAAGAAAGACAAGAAAUAAAAACCCCAAACUCUUAUCUCAGAAGGUUUUUUGCUUUUGCAUUUCUGUAAAUAGCCUUUAUGGAGAGGAUUUAUUGCUCCCUUGAAACACGCAAAAAAGGAAACGACCUAUUCCUCUACGACUUCUUUAAAGCUUUGCUUCACUGAAAUACUCAGAAUAACUUGCUAGUGUGGUUAUGCUCCAAAUAAUCACUUUUAAAAUUGUAGUAGACUUGAGUGUUGACUACUCAAGUUGUUGUGUCUGUCAUAUUGAGUACCUUUUUGGUUCUGAAGGCGCUAAAAUGUUAGUAUGUUGAGAAUGCAAGUAGUUGAUUCCUCUUUUCUGUUGGAGUUAUGCUUUGGCUUCAACUUGAUUUUGUUUAGAAAAUCUUAUGUGCAUCUUCUUGAAAAGAUGUGCACAAACUACUAAUUGGAGUGAUUUUUUAACAAUAGCAUUCAAUGUGAUAUAGUAUGCUGGCAUGAUUCCAAUCUAACCUGGUUAUGUGACAGGUGAGCACUUGAGCCUCAGUCUGGUAAAGUGUUCUUUUGAGAUGAUUCCCAUUUCUGCAGCGAGGACUAGAGAAAGGGCUUACUCAGUAGGAUUGUUUUGCAAAAAAUCUUGCAAUAAGGUCUUUAACCAUAUUUGAAAAGAACACGAUAGUGGUGCUAUGUGGGAAUUAAGAUCUUUGAACACUUAGUACAAGGUGGUGGUUUUGUUUGUAUGUAAGUACACACAUCAUUAUAUUUUACAGAGUCCGCAACAGGUCCAGUUUACCGAGAUACAGAAAUUAAAAUAAUGGGAAUUUCCAUAUUACAUGUUCUCUAACAUUGGAAAAUUAUUGUAUAAAUAAACCAAUGUCAUGAAUUCAUUGGCAUACAAUGCAUGGAGGUUUUUUUACUGUUGAGUCAUUGUUUGUAGAACAGAAUUACAAUAAAAAAAACGAGGGCAUUAAAUCCAAAUCUUUUUAGAAAUCUGUCUUUAUGUCCUGAUGAAAUUAGAGACUAAUUAAAUAGUCUUUUGACUAUAUAUGAGGGUCAAUGAGUUGAGGGGUUUUGUCAGUUUUAAAGGCAUAACUCGUCGGAAAAUAGUCCUAAGGACAUGUGGAAUGAAACUUCUUUGAAUAAGUUAAAGCCAUGCUUUGCAUUUAUAUACUUUAAAUUUUGUGUGCAUUUGAAAACUUGUUGUUCGCAAAAGGACAGUUUCUAAAUUGGAAGCAAACAGUCUAUCUACAGUGUUUGGUAAGAUGAAUUCAGGCCUUUGCUAGACAUCAUCCUGACAGUCACUUGCAUUCUUAAGUCCAUAAUUUAACUUUAAUAUUCUGCACUAUUUAAAUAAGCAAAGAUUCUGAGUUUGCAUGUUACAAAAGAGGUUUGCUUUAGUCUCUUUGUGCAAGCCAAAAUAUUUGCAGAAUGCUUUAAAUCUUUUCUCUCCUGCGAAGUUGUAUGUAAGACUAAAAUUGUGAAGGCAGAAGUUGCUUGAGUACCAGAGGGAUGACUCUUAUCUCCUUUUAAAACUAUUCACGUUUAAAAUUAUGAAAGUGCUUUUUGAGUCUUCUUUUUUUUUAAAGUAUUUUUGUGAAAUCAUCACAUACAUGCCAAACCUUAGUCUGCAAGAAGCUACGUAGCCUAUACAGAGAAGGUAAUAAGGUGCUUCCAAGUACAUGUGCAUCAUGGUCUUUUUUGAAGGUGUCUGAAGUACACCAAGGUGGUGAACAUUAGUACAUUGGAAUUCUAAAAGAUCUCUUAACUUUUUGCCCAUGCAUAGCAUGCAUUGCAAAUAAAAGGACUAUUUUAUUUGUAGCUUCGGCUAUAUUUGUCUAUUAUAGGCAGUUGAUUUGUCUAUGUUUUCCUGCUGUUGCCACACUUGCCUAAACAGUUGUCUCCUGACUGUGGCCAAAGCAGAUGUUUUUUGUUGUUGUUCAUAAUUUCUUUUUAGGAAGUGUUAAAGUGUUAACUCUUAGGAAGGGUGAUACAACACUGCUAACUGUUCUUCCUUUUUGCAACGUUUACAAAGAAUCAUUUAGCUUGACCAUGGGGUUGUGUCUACCAAAUGCCUGAAUUUAAAGCUUGUUUGUUUUUAAUUGAAAAUGCUACUGAUGAGGACUUUGAAAAGAAAAAGGCUUGGUAUUUUCACAGCAAGAUAAAUGUUUUGCAAUGAGGUAAGGAUCUCUUGAAGAUGCUUUAUAAGAAGGUUGUUGUGGUGGUUUUUUUUCCUGCCUCUUACUGUCUUAAAUCAAGACUCGUAAAAGAAAAUUUUAACCUUACAUUAAUUUAAAAACUGAAAGAAAUCUGGUGCUUUUACUUAAUUUGCUUGCAUAUUGCCAUUGUUUUAAGAAGCAAAUUUAAAAUCUGUUAUUUCAAUGAAGCAUUGCAAUUUCUUAUUUUUAUAAAGUACUCCUUUUACAAAAAUUGUGUACCAAUAGAUUGUUAACCUGAUACCGUCUUUUAAACCUGUUGUUAUCAAGCUAGCUAUUGUGUAAAUGCUUUUCAGGCUGAAUAAAUAUUCACUUUGUAAAUCUGCAUUAAAGCUACAGCUGUUGCCAGCUAGGUUUCUUAGGGCCAACACAAUGUAUUUGAGCUGAAGCUCCUGGUGCUUGACCCUUUUUCUUCCUGUCUUCAGUAGGAAAAAAAAAAGCGUGCAUAAUUGUGUAUAUGUGAUAAUGUUGCAAGUCUCUUUGUUAAGCACACAGCUACACUGACAAGCAGAAACGUAUCUGAACUUGCUUGUCUGGAGUAAAGGAACCUCUCUGGUUUCUCAGCAGGAGUUGUAACUUGGUGGCACAUUGACCCCGAGGAAGCAGAAUCAAGCUUUGCUCUUCUGAGCAGCUUUUAAAUUGAAUAUGAUGUGUGCUUCCCGUGCAAUAAAGUACAUUAACUUUUUAGAGCCGUGAGGAUUUUAAUAGCUUUCAGAAGAUACGACUGUAUUUGGCUGCUUUGUCACUUCUUGCUUUCAUACUUGUCUUGCAAAAGCAUGAAGAGAUAUAUUUAUUAAAAUUGAAUCUAUAUAGUCACCAAAUGUUUAAGCACUACUUUGUAGUAUCUUUACGGAGAUAGCAAAUUCCUACACAGUUGUAUUUGAACUGUUUUGGGAAAUUGAAUAAUGACACUGUGGGCACAAAUUAAUUCAGAUUGCACUAAACUUCCUUACCAGAAGCCUUCAUUCUUAAAAAACCCAACCCUAUGCGAUCUCUGCACAGAAAAACUGUGGCUGUGGUGAUGCAGUCUCUGGUGGGUGUCCAAAAAAAAGUGACACCCAGACGGUCCCUGGACCUUUUCCUGACAUUCCAGUUGAAGGGCCCCUGGCAGGCCUGCUGGGCACUCGAGGAGUUGGCUGGCGAGCAUGCCGAUAGGCACCCGAUGCCAGCACCUUGUGUAACGGUGCUGGUUUCGGUCUCCCUAGCUUAGAUAGUUUUUUAACCCGCUGCAGCUUAAAUGUUUCUCCACCCUGCCUAAUUUGUCUUUGUUGUCUGGUUGCCAAAUUGUCUUGCAUCUUAAUAUGGUAAGAAUAAUGUGAUUUAUGGCUACCCAACCAGUGUAUUUUAAUUAAUAGAUGGCUCUGUCUUAAUA